AUGGGUCUCGGUAUAUCUUCCCCACAGACAGAUUACUUCGAGCGUUCGUAUCCUGGCGGCUGGUUCACGUAUGGAGCUAUUCUCGACUCGCGAGUUGAAGCUUCCGACCUGCCGGCUUUAAUCUCCUCGCGCGAGCGCAACCACAUGCCGGCCUUCAUCACCGCAUACGCCAUCGCGUCCCCUCGCCCGCUCGUUUACUUCUCCAUCCUCUGGCAACCCAACUCCAAAUCCGUCGGCUGGGUGGUGGUGUUCAAUCUCGACGGUCAAAUGUUCCAAGAUUCUCUGCACCGUCGGAUCGCCUCGGGCUUUAAACCUCACGCCGCCUCAUCAUCACCCGUGUUGCCACUGCCGCCCAUCAUUGACACCUGCUGCCCACUCCUGCUACCCGCCCUGCCACCUAUCUCUGCCACCCAUCCCUCCCUCCCAUCCCUGCCGCCCAACUCUGCCACCCGUCCCUGCCGCCCAACUCUGCCACCCGUCCCUGCCGCCCACCCCUGCCGCCCAUCCCUGCCGCCCGGUCUCUAUCUAGAGGACCUGGCUGCUCUCACCGUCUGUCCGUGGACUCGAGUCGACACUUUUCUCCCAUCACCCCUCAUCUCCUCCCAUCACCCCUCAUCUCCUCCCAUCACCCCUCAUCUCCUCCCAUCACCCCUCAUCUCCUCCCAUCACCCCUCAUCUCCUCCCAUCACCCCUCAUCUCCUCCCAUCACCCCUCAUCUCCUCCCAUCACCCCUCAUCUCCUCCCAUCACCCCUCAUCUCCUCCCAUCACCCCUCAUCUCCUCUCAUCACCCCUCAUCUCCUCUCAUCACCCCUCAUCUCCUCUCAUCUCCUCUCAUCUCCUCUCAUCCCCCCUCAUCUCCUCUCAUCUCCUCUCAUCCCCCCUCAUCUCCUCUCAUCUCCUCUCAUCCCCCCCCAUCUCCUCUCAUCUCCUCUCAUCCCCCCCCAUCUCCUCUCAUCUCCUCUCAUCCCCCCUCAUCUCCUCUCAUCUCCUCUCAUCCCUCCUCAUCUCCUCUCAUCUCCUCUCAUCCCCCCUCAUCUCCUCUCAUCUCCUCUCAUCCCCCCUCAUCUCCUCUCAUCUCAUCUCAUCCCCCCUCAUCUCCUCUCAUCUCCUCUCAUCCCUCCUCAUCUCCUCUCAUCUCCUCUCAUCCCCCCUCAUCUCCUCUCAUCUCCUCUCAUCCCCCCUCAUCUCCUCUCAUCUCCUCUCAUCCCCCCUCAUCUCCUCUCAUCUCCUCUCAUCCCUCCUCAUCUCCUCUCAUCUCCUCUCAUCCCUCCUCAUCUCCUCUCAUCUCCUCUCAUCCCCCCUCAUCUCCUCUCAUCUCCUCUCACCCCCCACAGGGUUUCAGCCCCCUCAGCGUAUCCCUCACAGAGGACCCGGCUGCUCUUACGGUCUAUGUGGCGGACGUGUGGAGCAGCCCUCCCUCUUCAGGCGGGUGGCUGGGUGGUGUUGCAAUGACAGAAUUAGAGCUACAGCAGGCUCUGGCGCAGUUGCCGCCUCCCCUGGUUCCCACCUUCCUCAAGGCGUACACUGUUGGGAUGCAGGUCUUCUAUGCAUACGUGGCCCGCCCACCCUCCUCCACCGCUCCCCACCUCACCCUCACUGCUGAUAUCAGCCGCAGUGGCUUUGAGCUACUCGCUCGCUCCCUCAGUUUGUUUUCCUUUGCACUCCGUUCGUCGCGCUCCGGUUUCGAAUCAAAGAUGGGUCCCCGAGCCGCCAACAUCCUCACAGCGCUCUUCUCUCUAGCGCUCCUCGCGGCGGCCCUUCCUCGCCGCGUGUCCUCAUCCCCUGCGUUCCGCGGCGGAUUCGGCGCAGAGCUCAACCUCCGCGGCCCCGUUGCCGCCGCCGACGAGAACCUUCCAAGAAGGAACGUAUCCGGCGGUUACUUCGAGCGCAAGUACCCGGGCGGCUGGCUGACGGCCGGACCCAUCCUCGACUCACGAGUCGAAUCCUCCGACCUGCCGGCUCUACUCUCCUCGCGCACGCGCUCCCACGUGCCGGCCUUUGUCAGCGCGUAUGCCGUCGCGUCCCCUCGCCCGCUCGUCUUCUUCUCAGUACUUUGGCAGCCCAACUCCAAAUCGCUGGGGUGGGUGAUGGUCUUCAACCUCAACGGUCAGCAGUACCAGGAUGCCCUGCGCCAUUACAUCUCCUCGGGCUAUAAGCCCUCUCAGGUGGAGAGCUACUACGUGGCAGACCACCACGGGCUCUACUACGCCGCCAUCUUCCUUGCUGACGUGGCGUGGCCAGCUGGCAGCAGCACGCGGGUGGAGGCCGUGUUUGGCGUCCCUCACGACUCUGCCUACUGCUGUGGGCCCUCCUCGCGAUGGUUACAGCUGCAGCGACAGGGCUUCACCCCUUUAAGCGUGGCAUUUACAGAGGACCCCUCCUCCCAGCGAGUCUACGUAGCAGAUGUGUGGAACGAUGCGCCCAGCAGGGGCGGCUGGCAGGGCGGGGUGGCCAAGACUCAGGCGCAGCUGCAGCAGGCGCUCACUCAGCUGCUGCCUCCCCUCGUUCCCACCUUCCUCAAGGCAUACACCGUUGGGUAUCAGGUCUUCUAUGCAUACAUUGCUCGGGCCUCAUCCCCCUCUCCACCUCACUCCACCCUCACGACUGACGUCAGCCGCAGCGCUUUUGAACUCCUAGCUCGCUCCCUCAAACAGCCGCCUCUCCUUGUGUCUCCUCCUUCUCUUCUUGUUCCCCUUCCCACCCAGGUCUUCUAUGCGUACAUUGCUCGAGCUGCAACCUCCUCUCCACCCCGCUCCACCCUCACAACGGAUGUCAGCCGCAGCGCCUUUGAACUUCUAGCUCGCUCCCUGAAACAGCCGCCUCUCCUUGUGUCCUCUUACGGGCCGAUGGAUGGGGGGCCCGGUGGGAGCGAUGCUCCUGGGUCGGGCGAGAGGCCGAUGGAUGGGGGUGCUGGGGAGAGAAAUGCUCCUGGGUCAGGGGAAAGGUAUGCUGUGCUGUGGCAGACGGACGGGCUAGAUGAUAGAGACAAGCAGCCGCCCCUCCUUGUGUCCUCCUACGGGCCGAUGGAUGGGGGUGCUGGUGAGAGCGAUGCUCCUGGAUCAGGGGAAAGGUAUGCUGUUCUGUGGCAGACGGACGGGGUGGGGGCAGAGGCAGGGGUGAGGGAGAAUGUGGGGCUAAGUUACCUGUAG